AUGCUUGCGCCAGUCGCAGAACGGGGCGCCGCUGCAGGGGCUUCGGGGGCAUGGCAGGGGGGAGGGGAGGGGGGGCAGUGCGCGGAUCUGGGGGAGGAGGAGCGCGGAGGGAAAGAAAGGGGGAGUGGCGCGGGCGAGCAGUACCUCCCUCGCAUGCUCUCCACCUCCCUCUCCCCUCUCUUUGGAUUCUCGCUCUCUCCCUCCGCCCCACCGCCCUCCCCCUUCUCGCAGCGCAUAAUGGCGGCGCUGCCAGCGGGGGAGCAAGCAGGAGGGGCGGGGGGGCAGGUGACAUACGCGGACCUGCAGAGGGCCGAUGCAGCGUGGCUCGCCCUGCGCUCCGCCCCGCCUGGUGGGUGGGUGUGGCCACCUCCCUUGCUCCCUCGCUGCGCCGCAUCAACAAUGAAUCUCGUUUCCCCAUGUGCCAUGCGCCAUUCAUGCCUCAUCUUGUGCUCUCACCUCCAUCCCUCCAUGCCACUAUUCCAUCGCUCCGUGCCAGGUCCCCCCACCACUUCCUCCCCUCAAGUGGUUGUGCGCAAGCCUGGGAACAGCAGCAGCAGCGGCAGUGAGGGAGGAGGGGCGGCAGGGGCGGCGUCGGAGGUGGAGGUGGUGGUGUGCGGCGGCACGCUGGGCGUGUUCGUGGCGGUCAGCCUGGCGCUGCGAGGGCAGCACGUGGGCAUCGUGGAGCGCGGCACUCUGCGCGGGCGCGCGCAGGAGUGGAACGUGUCACGGAGGGAGGUGCAGGAGCUGGUGGCUAUGGGCGUGCUCACAGCCGAGGAGGUGGACGACGCCAUCACUGUCACCUUCAACCCCUGCCGCUGUGGCUUUGCGGGGGGCGAGGACAUGUGGGUGAGGGACAUCCUCAACCUCGGCAUCUCCCCAGCGCGGCUGAUAGAGGCGGCGAAGCAGCGCUUCCUCGCCCUGGGGGGGGUGCUGCUGGAGGGCGUGGCACUCACCUCACUGAACGUCUAUGAUGACGCUGCUGUGCUCCACUUCGCAGACCCAUCUGUGCCGGCCCUGAAAGCGCGGCUGGUUGUGGACGCCAUGGGGCAUGCCUCGCCCAUCGUUAGACAGGCACGGUGGGGGCAAAAGCCAGAUGGUGUGUGUCUGGUGGUGGGCACGUGUGCGCGAGGCUUCCCCCCGGAGACCAACAGCACGGGGGACAUCAUCUUCACCACCUCGCCCACCAUCUCCCUCGGCAAGUCGCCGCUGCAGCUCUUCUGGGAGGCGUUCCCAUCAGGGUCGGGUCCCAGUGACCGCACAACGUACAUGUUCUCUUACAUGGACGCCCAGCCUGAGCGCCCGUCACUGGAGGCCAUGCUCGACCUCUACUGGCACCUCAUGCCGCCCUACCAGGGCAUUGACUCCAUAGACUCGGUGGAGGUGCAGCGAGUGCUCUUCGGUUUCUUCCCCACCUUCCGAGACAGCCCUCUCUGCCCUGCCUUUGACCGCGUCAUCCAGGUGGGCGAUGCCAGUGGCAUCCAGUCGCCACUCUCCUUCGGUGGCUUCGGAGCCAUCACACGCCACCUCGGCCGCAUCACUGAUGGCCUGGUGGAAGCCUUGAGUGCGGACUUGCUCACCCGAGAUGCGCUUGCAAGCAUCAACCCAUACCAGCCGAACCUGAGUGGGGCAUGGCUGCUGCAGCGUGCCAUGUCAGCGCGCGUGGGGUCGUCCCCUCCACCUGACUUCAUCAACACGCUGCUCGCCACCAACUUCGCCGCAAUGCAGGACGUGACACAGUUCGCCCCGCUCGCCCUCACAAUGGGCUCCAUGGUCGUCACGCGCCCCUCGCUGCUGCCCACCAUCUUCCUGCAGGUGGGCCCCGUGCCCCUGCUGGACUGGCUGCAGCACUUCAUCGCCCUCGCUGCCUUCUCUGCUCUGCACCACCUCGCCUCCGCGCUCUCCCUCAGCCUCUCUCCAUCACCAGCCUCUCUCCAUCACCAGCCUCUCUCCAUCACCAGCCUCUCCCUCACCAGCCUCUCUUCUCAAAUGUGUCCUUCAGAUGUUCUCUCCUCAGGUGUUGCUCUCCCUCUGCUGCCCAUUGCUAAUUCCUACAGCCAUGCCUCCCCACCCCCUCAUCCCAUCCCCCUGCUGCCAACCCCCUCCACCCCUCUCAUACGCAGCGAGGCCGUGGCCUCUCUGCCGCCCCGCCAGCGCUUCUUCUGGAGCCGCCGCCUCGAGGCCUGGCAGUUUGGGUCGGGCCUGGACUACCACCUCUAG